UGACUCUAACUCGGGACUUUACUUUGAAAAGUGAAGCAGGAAGUCCUCUCAUCGUGGCCACCUCUGCGCUGCACUGCACAGCAGCAGCUGCACGCGCUCACGUCCAGUGUUUGACAAACCCUCCUCGCUCUGACUGCGCGAGCUGCUGAACGUGUGCGGCGGUAAUGGCUGCCAGGGAGAGAGAGGAAGACAACACAUGAAGCUCUGAGAGACGAUCCAAAGUGAGGACUAGGAUGGUAAGCAGCCAGCCGAAGUACGAGCUGAUCCAGGAGGUGGGGCGCGGCAGUUACGGCGUGGUCUAUGAGGCGGUGGUGAAGCGCACAGGGGCCCGGGUGGCGGUGAAGAAGAUCCGCUGCCACUCUCCGGAGAAUGUGGAGCUGGCCCUGCGGGAGUUCUGGGCCCUCAGCAGCAUCCAAAGCCAGCACCCAAACGUCAUCCACCUGGAGGAGUGUAUCCUGCAGCGGGACCAGCUGGCCCAGAGGAUGAACCACGGCUCCAGCUCUCCUCUGUACUUGGAGCUGGUGGAGACGUCUCUGAAGGGUGAGAUCACAUUUGACCCCUGCUGUGCCUACUACCUGUGGUUCGUCACUGACUUCUGUGACGGGGGUGACAUGAACGCCUACCUGCUGUCUCGAAAGCCCAGCCGUAAAACCAACACCAGCUUCAUGCUGCAGCUGGGCAGCGCCCUGGCCUUCCUGCACCGCAACCAGAUCAUACACCGAGACCUCAAACCGGACAACAUCCUCAUCUCCCAGGCCUGCACGCCGACCGGCUCCUGUGAACCCACCCUCAAAGUGGCUGACUUCGGCUUGAGUAAGGUGUGCUCCACCUCAGGGCUCAACCCAGAGGAGCCCGCAAGCGUCAACAAGUGCUUCCUGUCCACGGCCUGUGGAACAGACUUCUACAUGGCCCCGGAGGUCUGGGAGGGACACUACACGGCGAAGGCGGAUAUCUUUGCCCUGGGGGUGAUUAUCUGGGCCAUGGUGGAGCGCAUCACCUUCGUGGACGUGGAGACUCAGAAGGAGCUGCUGGGGAGCUACGUGCAGCAGGGCACAGAGAUUGUACCCUUAGGGGAGGCCCUGUUAGAGAACCCAAAGAUGGAGCUGCUGAUUCCCGCCAGGAAAAAGAGCAUGAACAGCCACAUGAAGCAGCUGAUCAGGGAGAUGCUGUCGGCCAACCCUCAGGAGCGGCCCGAUGCCUUCGAACUGGAGCUCAGACUGGUCCGUAUCGCCUGCAGAGAGCUGGACUGGGACACGUGAUGAAUGAACAUACGGCGCCACAGACUGAGCUGAUCAAGCACAUGUACACAUCUCAUCAUACUGUUAAUCUAGAGGGUCACAUAAUGGGGAUUGUGGUUUUUAACUAGGGAACAAUAGUUAGAAUAGUCAUUGUUUGUAUUAGUCCUGAAGGGGAAUUCUGUUCCCUUCAACCUUGGUCUGAUUUUGCAUCCAACGGGGGGUCUACAGGACUAUUAGAGGCACACAGUUUUGGAAUAGCUCCCUUAGAUUGCUUCAAUCCAACUGUGAAACUCGGUAAUGUCUGCAGAGUAACAGUUUGGGGCCAAUCUGACAGAUUGUGACUGUAAUAUCUGAAAACAUAAAAGAAGGGUUGCAACAGUUUUUGGAAAGAUCAUUUUUUAUAAAGUAGAAAAGAUUUACACUUCUACUUUACAGGACGUGUGCGCAGGAGGGGAGCAAGGAUUGAAAUAUGCAAACUCCUGCACACUGUCUAACUUACAGAAAUAAAUAUAUGUCUUAGGGAGUCAGACCCAGAGUCUGGUGGCAGCAAAGAGAGCGAUGUAACAGCUGUCACAAUUUAGAAAAAAGGUUCACACUGUUACAACAAUUAAGUUUGGUCUUCAUGUUAUGUUUUUAGAAGCUUUCAAAUCACAAUUCAAGCUUGUCGGUAACAAAAUCAAUCGGGUCCGUCUGCAUCCUGAAAGUUGCAGCCGUCUCAGUCUGUUUUGUUGCUUCAGGCUGGAGCAAUCUAAAAGAGUGAUCUCCAAACUGUUAGCACCUCUUCGCCUCCAGACCCUUAAGUAUGUAGACUUAAAGAGCCCAGGUGCAAGAAUACCAGAAUUCCCCUUGCAACUUCAUCCACUGUUCAAGCACAUUCAGUCCUCUACAAGCUGUGUCUUUAUACUGAAGGUGGAGAGGUGUGACACUCACCGCUGCUGCUGCUCCAAACUGCAGCUUUAGUCUCAGGCUAAUCACAUCACAGCUUCCACUUCCUCCUUACAGGAUCACUCGUGCGUGGUGAGAGAGCAAAAUGACCCCCAAAAGUCCUGGAUUCAAUUAGAAGUGAAAGUCAAACAGUUUGUCUACAAACACCACUGUGGACUUGGUGCUAAUUGUUGUAACUAAAUGCAAUAUGAGACAUUAUCCUGUGAUCAUUACAGCUUCUAUUUAUCCAAAGGACCCAUAUUAGAACACAAUCACCUCCAAAGAGUGAAUGUUUUGAGGCUUUAGUGGCUUUGACUCAACCUGACGUUCAAACGUUACUCUGGUACACGACCACCAGCACUGAUUCGAUGCUGUUUUAAUGCAAACACGGCCAAAAUGCUCAGGUAGUAAAAACAUACAGCACGGCUGGUGUUUGUAGACAAACUGUUCUCUGUCGAGGUCACUUGUGCUCUAAAUCUCCAAACUUUGGUGCUUGAAGAUAACUUUGUGUUCUUUCUGAAAGCUGCUUCGUUGGUUGUUUGGGUGGAGUCGUUUUAUCUGUUGGUGUCCUCCCAGCAUGUUUGCGUGCUUUCUGUUUUUCUGUCUGCUCUUUAAAACCUGGAGAUAAGCUGAUUGGUCUCAGACGAACCUAUAACCAGUACAACAGAAUGUAAUGACCCAGACGUGUCACCUUAAUGUAAAGAGCCUUAGAGACUAAAACACCUGAUGCUGUUCACACAGGGGAGGAGAGUUAGAGGAUAGUUCUGGUUUAUGUCAUGAAACAUUCGUCUACUUUAAUAUUUGGAUGCCUUUAAAAUAACAUUGUACUCACAAAGUAUUAUAAACUGUUUGAAGUAGCUGGUUAUCUUGUUGCUACAUAUGCCACGCAUUUUUGCUUCUUAAAGUUGUGGGUUUUUCGAAAUAUCUGCUGAACUUGGCAAAUAAAAAGUUAAGGUGAAAAAAUAAUAGUUGGUUGAGUUCAAACAGGCAUAAUAAAGUAUAGUAGUUAUGAAGUGUUUGCAGAUAUGGAAGAAACAUAUUUUUAUGUAAGCCAAUUUUCCCCAUUUAAAAAAAUAUAUAAAGUAUGUGUGUACUUUGCAGAGAUAAUUAAGAAUGAGAAUAAUAUUAAUAAUUGAUAGGAUUUGUAUAACGCCUUUCAUGGUACUCAAAGUUGCAGAAAUAAAUAAAAUAGGAAUACAAAUAAAGCACAUUAAUGAGAAAAACUGACAUGAGGUCACUAUUAUGAGACAUUAAGUCAUAAUUCUGAGAUAAAAAGUUAAUUUGUUUUGAAAAUAAGUCCUAUUUAUGAUGAAUUAAGUCCAAAUUAAAAGGUUAAAGGUCAUAAUGAAAAAGACAAAAUUAGCACAUAGUGAGGAAACAUGAAAAAAACAAAUAUGAGAAAUAAUGAGAUUAAAUGCUUGAAUUAUGAGAAAGUAAGUCAUAAUUAUGAGAUAAAACUUGAAACUAUAAGCUAUAACAAUUAUGAAUUGAGUCAUUAUCUGAUAUAUUAACAUUUGGGGAGUAAGCACGGCUAAGUCUGUCUUUUCUAAUUUUGGUGGCAGAAUUGGGCUUCCAUGCUUUUCCCCUUGACCAAAAAAAACCCACCUUUUUUAAACAAAUUUUUCCUUCGUUUGAACGUUCAAAAAGUUAUUAAGAAGACAGUCCUGCCACAGAUUAGUUCAUUUGUGGUGUUUAAAGUUGUGUAUUUAAAAAGUUUAUAAUUUUGUCAAAGAUCUAACAGUACUUUGUGAGAUGGUUAAAAAACAAUACACAUGAAGGACAAGAUUAAAAAUUAAUAUUGAUACAUUAAUUUAACAGCAGAGGGCGCUGUUUCCAUUUGACUUCUCCUUUUUAUAAUGUUUCAUGUCUUACACAUGCAGCCAGACAUUCUGACCUCAAGGUUGGACCGCCAGUGCUUUCCACACAGUCGAUACCCGUGCAGCUCGUCAAACUGCCCACUGUAGUAUUUUUCUAUGAAACAUCAUCUUUUCAUCUGCUUUAAUGAAGUAGUAAGCUCUCUCUUACUCUACAACUCUUAUUAAGGCUAUGGCUGUUUUUCGAAACCUUCUACUAUACUAGCAGUACGUACUGAUUUGGCCAAAAUUCAGUAUGUUGCAAGUGAGCAAGAGCAAAAUUUGCAGUAUGCCAAAACUAUCUGGAUGUUGAACUGAUUCAGGAAAAUUCUCCCUAGUCUCCCUCACGUACUCCUUCCCAUAAUGCACAGCGCUAUUGUUUGUUUUUCUAUAUAUGACAGGGUAACUCAGUUUUUAGGUGCUGUGAAAAUCAUUCAAUUCCAUAAAAACCACUUCUUAACUUUUUAAAUCAUAAGUGAUGCUAAAGAAGCAGUUUAUCUAUCAGCUUGGCCGUUGUUUACUUCCGAACAGAACAGAUCCAACAGAACAGUCACACUACAUACUACCUUCAAAUGCAGUCUGUAGCACGUACUACAGACUGCAUUCGUGGGUAGUAUGUAGCAGGCGGUUUUGAAAACAGCCUUGGUGUCACCAAUGGUAACAGAUGGAGAAAAGAGGGAUUUACAGACGAUAAGAGCCAUGUCCUCUUCUGGAGCGCUGAUACAUCAAUUCAUCAACCUUUAAAUUGACCUUGCAUCCCUUCAAAAUAAAAGCACAUUUCUUAUCAUAACAGGAAAAAAAGUUACCCUUAUGUGCGGCAGAAAAAAAAAAAAAGGCAAAUAAAAGCAUCACAGACGGCGGUAUUUUGAUGCAACCUAUUCUCCAACGAGUGAACAACAACCAGGUUAUUUACCUCCAGAAACAUUAGUGAAUUAAUCGUAUGGUGAGCUGUACUGUACAGUGAGUUGAUGGUUUUCGUAACAUCCCUACAUUACUGUUUUAAAUUCCUCUUUAAUAACGCAGAUCGUGACUGAUGUCACUUAAAAUAUUCGUUUUCAGCCUCUUGAGUAAACCAAUAUCUGAUGCCUUAAAACAAAAAUAUCAAAACUGAUUUAAUAAACUAAUUUCAGUGUUCACGAUUAAUGGAUUGAACUUUACACAACCAGUCGCGUAUUCUUUCCUUUACACUGCUCCAAUAAUCUGGAUUAUUCUGAUUAACUGCUUGCACUUUCACCCCUGUAUUCAGUAAUUCAGCUAAUAGGCUCUCAUCCAUCAACCAUCUAAUUUAGGUUUAGAUUUUUAGUACACUGUUAACGUACUGAAAAUAAAAUGUGUUAAACAAAGAAUCAAAGCUCAACAAACAGGACCAAACUGAAGUACUCAACAAUGAAUCUGUAGAGCAAUCCAAAGCUUUGUAAUACUCAAGUUUUAAUAAACCAGAAUUAUCCUUUAAACCAGACACAACACACUACAGUCAAGCUUUCUUUGGUCUACAUUGAGAGGACUGGGUGAAGUGACUCCUCCACACACUGCAGACGCAUCCACUGGUGAGAAUAAUCCUCACUUUGACUAAACCUAGAUUCAAUUAUCUGAAGGGUGAGCGGUGACAUGAAUAUUCAUAUCCGAGUCCACUUAAAAAAAAAAAAAAAAACCUUGAAUGAAGAGAGGCGGAAGGAUUCAGUGAAACUCCCUGAAAGCACUUUUAUUUCCUUGUCUUUAUUUAUUCCUGAUAACUACCUGCUGCUCUGCGAGGCUGGAUUCAGUGUGAUAACUGCGUCGCUAUUUGUUUACCAUGGGAACACAAUGUCAGCCGACGGUCUACUUAUGCAUGCAGUGCCUCUCACCUUCAGGGAAGAAGCGAGAGUAGACACCAGCACACGACACAAUCCUCCAUGAGCCAGAGGAUCUCUGCUUUUCCUUUUUUUUUUGGAAACAUAAUGCUGUUGUGUUUAACUUCAUCUCCUCUCACUGUGUCACUGCUGCUCGUUUCCUUUGGCUCUGGAUCUUACAGUAAUCCCUUUCUUCAUGCCUCCGACAGGCUAAUUCUAAGCCUAUUAAGUUGUUGCAGCACUUGGCGGAGGAUCAUGUGUUAAGGACCCCUCUGCCUUUCAGGUCAUACAUACAUAAUUUGUGCAGUUUUACGGGAACCUGUAAAACCAAACCUGCCUCAAACUGUAGCCAGAAGUAAAUUUCCCUCUGAAUCGUUGCUAAUAUCAAUCUGCUAGCUAGCCUAUAACUCCCACUGUUAGUCUUUUAACAGCCUGUUAUGAUGCGAUUGAGAUCUGCCUUAUUUCUCAAACUCCCCUCGUCCUUUUUGACACUAGAGUGGCCUCGCUGAUAUUAUACCCUAACACAUAAUUGGCCUAAGUUGUGCUCAUGAUGCACCACCUCUCUGUGGUAUGAAUAUCAAUACUUUCAAUCAGUAUUAUAAACGGCCUGUUUGUGCUGCAGGACAUCUACGCUGCUUUGGGCAAUGUUGCUCUGCUUCAAGAAUGUGGUAUUCGUAGUUUACGAGCAUCAAAGUUUGGACUCAAAGAAGGUCACCCACAUCCUGAGCGCUCCAAUCAGAGCAGAGCAUGAUGGGUAGAGUCAUUUCCGGCCAGAUUUCCUCCUUCGACCCUCGGGAAAAGAGAGCGGAGGAAAGGUAGAUGGCUUGCUGUGAGUUUUGAGAUGUUUGCCAAACGAAUGCUAGGUGUGGGUUUUUACAGAGAUUUCACCCCUUGAUUUGUUGUAUUAAAUUCCUUUGCACAUGUGUAAAUACUGUACAGGAUUAGCGUGAUGAUCAAGGUUGAUGUACAUUUGACUGGAUGUGCUCUGUUUUUAAGAGCCUCACUUGUUUGACAUGUAAAUUGCUGUGAUGGAUUAAUUCUUUUUCUUCUGACUCAGCUUCGGUUUACUUUGGAAAAGAUGUGAUAUAAUUACAGGUCAAUACUGUUGGUGUGCUAGUGAUACGUGUAUGUUUUUCAUUGGCCUAUUGUUUGUGAUUCUGUGUAAAGAAAAGCUGGUGGACGAUGUGGGUCAACUUCA